AUGGCAGGAGCUAUAACUAACCAAAGUGUGGCUUUUUCUUCACAGGAGACCCUCCAGGACGCUGAUCAAAGACAGGACCACGAGCAGGAGCUGGAGACGGAAAGUGAGGUGAAAAUGUCUUUUGGAAAGAGACGGGGAAUGGUAACUCCCUGUGGGAUGGAAGUCUGGGAGUGUGAGGACAGUGGCAGAGCCCACAUCAGCAAGGUUAUCCUUGCUGGGGACAAGCCAGACCUACCUGUGUGUGGGAAUGGUGCCAUUUGGAUUCAGCAGGUGGGAGAGAAAACCUACGAGUGUCCCGAGUGUGGGAAGAGCUUCAGCCGGAACUCGUACCUGAGCCAACACCAGAGGAUCCACCUGGCAGAGAAACCCUUCAGCUGCUCCGAAUGUGGGAAGAGUUUCACCCGCAACUCGGACCUGAUUAAACACCAGCGGAUCCAUACAGGUGAGAAGCCCUACCAGUGCAAUGAGUGCGAGAAGACCUUCAGCCAGAGGUCCAACGUCAUCAGGCACCAGCGGACCCACACGGGAGAGAGACACUACCAGUGCAAUGAAUGUGGGAAGAGCUUCAGCCAGAACUCGCACCUCAUUGUCCACCAGCGAAGCCACAAGGGUGAGAAACCCUUUAAUUGCCCCCGGUGUGAAAAGAGCUUCAGUGACCGCUCCUCCUUGAUUAUACACCGGAGAGUCCACACUGGAGAGAAGCCCCACAAGUGCCAGGAGUGUGGGAAGUGUUUUCGGGACAGUUCAGCCAUCAUUCGGCAUCAGAGGAUCCACACAGGAGAGAAGCCAUACGAGUGCACCGAGUGUGGAAAGACCUUUCGGCAGAGCUCCUCGCUGGUGACCCACAUGCGAACACACACCGGGGAGAAGCCCUAUAAGUGCCCCGUGUGCGGGAAGGGCUUUAGCCAGAGCUCGGCGCUCACCACGCAUCGCCGGAUCCACGGGGGGAAAGCUUUGCCCAUGUACCACGGUGGCCUCCUGCCCAACCUCUACCAGUGUGCCGAGUGUGGCCGGAGAUGCAGCGACCGUUCCACUCUGGAUAAGCACCAGACCACGCACACUGAGGAACGGCCCCACAUCUGCGUGGAGUGCGGGGACAGCUUCCGUCGGAGCUCCGCUCUCAACGUGCACCUGAGGAUCCACCGUGGGGAGAGACCUUACAAGUGCCAGGAGUGUGGAAAAACCUUCAGGCACAGCUCAGCCCUCGGUGCCCACCUGAGGAUCCACGCAGGAGCCAAGCCCUAUGAGUGCAGAGAGUGUGGGAAAAGCUUCCGGAAAAGCUCGACGCUUAAAGUGCAUCUGCAAAUCCACAUGGUCAAGAAACCUUAUAAAUGUCCGGUGGGUAGGAGAGCUCUUGUUCCCCGCUCGCUUCUGCCCUAG